GCCUCAAGUUUAACGAAGCUCCUCCCUGCUCUCAGCCAUUGGCUGCCGCGGAGGCUUCCCAUUCUUUUGUAUGAAGCAGCAAUGCAGCUGUCAGCCUCACAAGCUUCAAGAGCUCUCUGCUCCGCUGAAUGAGUCGAAAUGGGCAGGAGAUCCCCCGUCGCUUUCUUUGUGGUCCUGUGGGUCAGCCAAGCGGGGACGUGGGCGGCAGGACGCUCCAAGGUGAACCCCAGGAUCAUCACAGCUCCGCAAGGUGUGAAAGAGUAUGUGUUCCCCAGGAGUGAGAAGUACCCAGUCUUCUACCACGAGGAAAACAGCUCAGCCAUCUACGUCGGGGGCGAGGGGAGGCUUUACUACUACGACUUUGCCACCUCUGAGAACUACACGGAAGACUUCCCAGUGAAAAAUGAAGGACAGUGCGUGAUGCCCGGGAGCCUGGAGGCCAACAGGAAUUACCUCACCUUGGUGGAGAAGUAUGGAGAUGUGCUGCUAGUCUGUGGCACCGGCGCCUGCGCUCCCACCUGCUGGAACUUGACACAGAGGAAGGAGAGCACUCCGUGGGAUGGGAGAGGCAUUGCACCCUUCACCCCUGACUCCAACACCCUGGUGGUUGUUGAUGGUCCUGACAUCUACUCCACCAUCAAGAAGAGCCAGCAGAACGGCAAGAUCCCGCGGUUCCGGCGCGUGAGGGGCGGUGGGGAGCUCUACACCAGCGACACAGUGAUGCAGAACCCUCAGUUUGUCAAAGCCACCACCUUGAGGCACGAAGAGCCUCACCAGGACAAGAUUUACUACUUCUUUCGUGAAGACAACCCUGAUAAGAGUCCUGAGGCCCCCAGAAACAUCUCCCGAGUGGCCCAGCUGUGUAAGGAAGAUAAAGGGGGGACCAGUUCACUCUCUGCUUCCAAGUGGACCACCUUCCUGAAGGCCACUUUGAUUUGUGUGGACCCAGUCACCAAGGGCAACUUCAACUGGCUGCAGGAUGUCUUCUUCGUCCCGGCCAGGGACUGGCGCCGCUCCAAAGCCUACGGCCUCUUCACCAACACCUGGGGCAGCUCUGCUGUUUGUGUCUAUUCCUUUGAGGACAUUGACAGAGUGUUUAGGACAUCCAGACUCAAAGGCUACAAUGGUCCCAACCCAGAGAUCAAGCCUGGGCAGUGUGUUUCCUCUGGACAGCACACCCCCAGCGAGACCUUCAAGAUAGCAGACAGCCACCCAGAGGUGGAGGAGCGUGUGGAGCCCCUGUCCCCCACCAAGAGCCCCUUGUUCCACAACAAGCACCGCUACCAGAGGAUUGGGGUGCACGAGGUGGCUGCGGGGGACGGACACCGCUACAACGUCCUCUAUCUGGCCACAGACAAAGGAUCCAUCCACAAGAUCGUGGAGCUGCCGGACGGGGUGCAGAACAUCAUGGAGCUCCAGGUCUUCCCAAAGAAGGACCCAAUCCAGUCCAUGAUCCUGGACCACAAAAGGGCCCUGCUCUACGCUGGCUCCAGCAGGAAGGUGGUGGAGAUCCCCAUGGACCUGUGCGGGCUGUACCGCCCCAAGUGCGACAGCUGCUUGCUGGCCAGGGACCCCUACUGCGGCUGGCUCAACGGCACCUGCCAGUCGGUUUACCGGCACCGGGAGGUGCUUCAGAACCUGAACCUGGACCCCUGGGGAGGAAAGUGCCAAAAGGGGGACGUGAAGGAAGACGACUACCAGAACAUCACGGUGGUGCCUUUCUCCCGGUACUUCCUCAACUGCCCCAUCGAGUCCCACUACGCCACCUACAACUGGUACCACAACGACAGCCUCAUCAAGACCUGCAACACCACCCACCCCCAGCAGGACUGCUUCCACUUCAUCCAGAACGUCAGCCACCUCCACUUCGGCCACUACGUCUGCGUCUCGGAGGAGGACGGCUUCAGGCAGGCGCUGGUGAAGGAGCGCCUGGUCGACCAGCUCAGGUUCAUGUCCCAGAAGGGCCAGGCUCCCGCCAGCGCCUUUGCCUCUUGGCUACAGCUGCUCCUCGUGGUGCUCCUGGUGGAGCUCUUCCACUGAAGGCGCGGGGAGCGUCUUCCCACCCAGCCCCCGGGGCUGCGACCUCUCUUCCCACCCCCGCCCCGGGCUGCCGCGUCCCUUCCUGCCUCCUGCCGUCGGCUUCCGAGGCCAGAUCCUCCUCCUCUGUCACUCACUCCUUGGACAUUCAUCUCUUGACUUGUCCCAGAAGGGGUCCUGGGCAGCAGCCUCUCCGCCUCUGACCUCGGCGGGAGAGUUAGGGCACGGACGAUGCCAGCUGGAGGCGGGUUUGGGGACAGGGAAGGGGGUCGCCCUGCCCCACUGGGGGGACGUUGGCUGUAGCCGGUGGCACAGAGGUGGCGCUGUGGUGUGACCCCUUCCCCAAACCCACCCCGGUGGCUCUCUAUCUCUCUGCUGGUUGUCACCCUGACCCCUAACCCUGGGUGUGGACCUUCGGGGGACUCGGACCGCUGUGCAUGCACUGAUCCUCAGGGCACCGGGGCUCCUCUCUUUGGGAACUGUGCAUGCGACGAAGAGGAGGAGCCAGCCCUCGGCCUUGUGAACUGUGCUUCACCUCCAGCGGGGCCCUCCCGACCCCUUUCGGUGGCUAACAUCUGGUUGGGCUCCCGGUGUCGCUGUCUGAGUCCCCUUCUGGCGUGGAGAAGAGGGCUCGGGGAGGCUUGCAGGGUGCGGCUCCUUGGGGGGUUAUUUUGGGGGGUUGGUUUUCUUUUGUUUUGCAGCUGGCUUGGACGUGAUGGGAGGGUGGGGGAGGUGGGGGACACCCUGCCGAGGCAAGGGCAGGCACAAAGGGAGCGUUUUGCAUGGAAAAAAAGAAGAAGAAGAAGAAGAAGAAAAAGCCUGGGAAGAGGACUGGGUUGGGGAGCGUAGGGGAAGGACAGAGCGAAGGGGUCGGGAAGGGAAGGUGGAAGCAGAGCCCAAACCAAACCCGGGAGGCCCUGGGGAAGGAGUUUUAAACGCACAAAUCCUCUGCAGGCAGCUAAGGGCAUUUAUCCAGGGGCAGCAGGCAGCCCCUGCUCCCCAGAAGCUCUCUCCUCAGGAGAGGGACUUGGCUUCCUCAGGGAAAGAGGCGGCAGGCUGCUGAUCUCAGGUCAAUGCCAAGGGGCUUGGGGCUGGGGGGGGGGCAGCCUGUCCCCACCGCCCAGGGCAGCUCUGCCCCCUGUCUACCCUUGCAGUGAGGGCAGAGGGGAGGAGCAGGCUUUAGCUCCCCUUGGGCUCGGAGGUCUCCCAGCAAGACUAAACUGUGAAAAUAAAGCGGGGGAGGUUCUCCCCGCCAGCGAGGGGCGAGGGUCCCAACGCCUCGGCCAAACCUUGCCCGGCCCUCGGGGGGGGCCCAAACCCUUCCAGCCUCAGGAGUGGGCAUCUUGGCUCAUGCUUCCAGUCACCUGGCGUGGCAGCACGGCUCCUGGGGCUGUGCCUGAGGGCUCUUUUGUGGUUUGACUUUCUCCUGGCCGAGGCGGGGGGCUCCUUGCGCCCGGCCAGAGCUUCCUACUGCACUACAUUUCCAAGAUCCUCCUCCCCUCAGUCUAGGAUAGAGCUUCUUACAGCCCUUCUCAAAGCACUUUAACUUUGUGGACUAACAAAUAACCUAUUUAUUAUCAGCUGGUGGUUACUGCAACUUGUGUCAUUUUAUAAUAGUCAG